AUUUCGGGUUUGGUGAGGUCGGGAUCGGGCUGAGGUGCUCGUUUGCCGUGUCUGUCGCUGGCGGCGUCGGUAGGCGCCUAAAAGGCGGGGAAAGCGCACCGGGGAGCGAGCAGAGGCCAUGGCCGGCAACUUCGACUCUGAAGACCGAGCGAGCUGGUACUGGGGCAGGCAGAACCGACAGGAGGCGGUGAAUCUGCUGCAGGGGCAGCGGCACGGAGUGUUCCUGGUGCGGGACUCCGCCACCAUCCCCGGGGACUACGUGCUCUCCGUCAGCGAGAACUCCAAGGUCUCCCACUACAUCAUCAACAGCGUCAGCAACAACCGGCAGUCCGGGGUGAGUCAGUCCCGGUUCAGGAUAGGCGAUCAGGAGUUUGAAUCGUUACCCGCGCUAUUGGAAUUUUACAAAAUCCAUUAUCUGGACACUACCACUUUAAUAGAGCCCGUUUCCAAGUCUAAGCAAUCCGGAGUGAUCCACAGACAAGAAGAGGCAGAGUAUGUGCGGGCCCUCUUUGACUUUAAUGGUAAUGAUGAUGAAGAUCUUCCAUUUAAGAAGGGAGACAUCCUAAGAAUUCGGGAUAAACCUGAGGAGCAGUGGUGGAAUGCUGAGGACAGCGACGGAAGGCGGGGCAUGAUACCUGUCCCUUAUGUGGAAAAGUACAGGCCGCCCUCAACUGCCGGGUCUGCUAUGAUUGGAGGUAACCAGGAAAAUUCGCAUCCACAGCAGCUGGGCGGGCCGGAGCCAGGGCCCUAUGCCCAGCCCAGUGUCAACACUCCGCUGCCUAACCUCCAGAAUGGGCCCAUUUUUGCCAGGGUUAUCCAGAAGCGAGUGCCCAAUGCCUACGACAAGACAGCCUUGGCUUUGGAGGUUGGUGACCUAGUAAAGGUAACAAAGAUUAAUGUCAGUGGUCAAUGGGAAGGAGAAUGCAACGGAAAAUAUGGUCAUUUUCCUUUUACACACGUGCGUCUGCUGGAUCAACAGAACCCUGAUGAAGACUUCAGCUGAGUGUGACCUGGAGCCGCUUGUAAAGUGCGAACAAUCAGGCUCUGUUUCCCUCUUUCUCCAUCUGCCAUUUAGACUGCCUUCCACAGGUCUCGAGAUAUUUAGCCAGAGAAAGUAGUAAUACCCAGAAUCCCCCUCGAUUGCAAUCAUUCAGUUCCUAUGAGAUUUGGCAGUCAGGGUACGAGCUUGGAUUGUGUCUUGAAAGUAGGCAGAAUAUAACCACCAACCCAUGGCAAUAUCUAAUAACCUGCAGAUGCAGUGAACUGCACGAUUGCUUCUAGCGAGGAUUGUUUUUUUUGUUUUUUUUAUAGAACAAGAGACUUUUUAUAGGGCCUUUAAUGUAUCUUCCUUACUCACUUUCCAGGUUGGACCUCACCAGCUUAUAGUACUGACACUUGGGUAAACGCUGUCUCACCAUUUUGGUCCCGUCAUUGUGUCCAUUCAGGCCAAUAAGCCUAUGUAGCUCAUUUUUCCUUCAGCCGUUCCCAGUAUUAUUUUACAAGGUCCGAGCUGUGGGCUUCAGUCGAUUUCCUGACAGCCUGGACCAACACUCUCAUUUUCCUUUCCUUGUGAAUGUUCUUUACUUACCAAGUACCAGGCCACAGCAGAACGCCUGGCGUGAGCGAGCGACCUAAGGCGAGGUGUUCUUAAACCAGUGCAUUUCUGUGACAAUAUAAUCCCAUCAUGUGCCUCAACCCUUGGAUUCUUUUGUUGCCAAUAAGGACAUUUUCUUUUUUUGUCUUUUCCUAAGAUCUAACGAAAGUCCCGUCAUAAUUUGGCCUCUGGGGCACGUUCCCUGCAAACCCUUCUUUUAGAGGUUUUUUUUUUUUCUCUUUUCUUCCUACGGGGAACCAGUAAGAGUACACUAACUGUUAAUUAUGGAAAUGAUGUAUUUUAUGUUGAUAUGUAGAAACUACUAAAAUAAAGACAAUUUAACGAGAGGGGUGGUUGAAAGGAUAACUGAAUCACUGUGGUAUUUCUGCCUUCAUGUUGCUUUGCCAUAAAAGCUCAGUGUAUUUUAGAAGUCCUCCCUGAAUGCUCCCCAUGCUUUUAUCUGUGCCCUUUUAAAGAGGCGUUUAGAUGGAAUUCAGAGAUUUUCUUUAGAAUGCACAUUUACCAUGAGCAUAAGGAAUUUAUUUUAUUAUGACUAGUCUAUGUGUAAAUGCCUACUUUCAUUAAAUUGAGUCCCUACAUCUGUCUCACUUCUUGUGCAAGGAGAAUGGACAGAAUACCAUAGACUUUUUUAUUUAUUUUUUACUUUUUGACUUGGCAGUAAAAACUUUCAUAGAUCUUUAUGGACAUGAACACAAAAAUCUUAGGCACCAGUUGGUUAACUGGUUGCUAGGGUUUGUCUUACCGUGAUUGUGCCGACCUUUGCAAAAGGGGGUUGUCCGACCUUUGCAAAAAGAAACCAUACUCCCCUCACCAGCCCCCUGAUCAGCCAGCACAGAGGCUCCAGUGGUCCCCCCGAAUUUUGCUGUACUACUGGUAUUAUGGCUCCCAUUACGGAGCGCUGAUGCCAGUAGUAUGGCAUGCGACUGCCAAGGCCAAUUAUUGUCUGCAAUGGUCGGUUGUAAACCGUGUGUUUUCCCCUUAAAGGUCUGGUAACUUCUAUGAUCUCUCUAGCCUUGGAGGCCAAUUAAGUGCACAGUUAAGUCAGGAAUAUUAAAUUGUUCUAUAUUGUGUUUAGUUCACAUGGACUCCUUUUGAGUAGUCGAUUUGCUGAGUCUUCUGGCAAUAACUUCAGUUUGUGCCUUCCUUCAAGGUUGCCUGUUAAACAAAGAUUUAUGCAUUCCUUCUUAAGGUGGCCAUACGCAUUUGGUAGAUGUCGGCAGGACUGGCCGGCUAGGUAAUGUGUGUUGGUGUUCCGAGUGGGGGGCAGCCGUUUGGUGGAUUUCAACAUACCACAGAUCCUUUAUUCUCAAAGAAGUUAAGAGUUUUCUUGUCUAAGAAUUUGUGGCGUAUUGCUAGGAUAUGCCACAAAUGUCUGAUAGGUGCAGGUCCCCACCUCUGGGGCCUGCUUCUAUUUUGAGGGCUAGGUUCCUGAAGCAAAUGAGCGCACACCACA